UGCCCCCGGCAGCAGUGGGGACCAUUGUGCAUUUGUUGCCAGCCCGACUCAAAGUCCCAGCCGGGCGAUGCAAACCGUGCUCUACCUGUUCCCACAGCUAAACCUGUCAGCCCCCAAGGAGGAACCUUAUCAGAUCACCAAGCCCCAGAAGCAAGAAGGGACAAUGGAAAAUAAUAACAGGCACAAAGACAAGCGGCAUCGAUUAAGCCUACUGCUGCACAAGGCCGACUCCGGUGAAAUCCUGGUGCCUUUGUUCCGCAAGCCUGAAAAAACCUACACGUGUCUCGAUGAACAUUCGAAGUGGGGUGAAUGUCUGAAUAAACUUUUAGUUCAUAAAUCUGGCCUGACCCUCUUUCGAGCUUUCCUUCAGUCCGAACACAGUGAGGAGAACAUUGACUUCUGGUUAGCAUGCGAGAACUACCGCAAAACCAAGUCACUCUCAAAGCUCUCCUCUAAAGCGAAGAAAAUCUACUCUGAUUUCAUCAGCACAGAUGCUCCCAAAGAGGUGAACCUUGAUUUCCAUACCAAAGAGGUGACGAAAAAGAACAUAGUGAGGCCGACCCUGUCUUGCUUUGACUUGGCACAGAAGAAGGUGCACACAUUAAUGGAGAAGGACUCCUAUCCCAGGUUCCUCAAGUCGAAGCUCUACCGAGAUCUGCUCCUGGAGAGCGAGGCCCACAACUGUGGCCCCAGACGGAGAUCACAUUCCUUUACAUCCAUCGGUGUCUUACAAGCCCAGUCUGACUUCACAUUCUGGCUAUAGGUGGACACAAUCUAGUCUUCAAAGAGAUGUUGUCAGUCCGCCAGACAUUCCAGAUCCACAAAUCUCUGAAGAAGGGUCUCGACCCAAAACGUCACCCGUUCCUUCUCUCCAGAGAUGCUGCCUGCCCCGCUGAGUUACUCCAGCACUUUGCGUCCAUCUUCCAUAAAUCUGGUCACGUUGUUGCCUACAAUGCUAAUCACUUUGGUAUUGGAUCCAUUCAAAAACGUUGAACGAAUCGUAUUUUAUUUCUUUUUUUAAAAAUGCACUGUUAAUUUAAUGAAGGUUUUGAGAACCUACUUAUUUGUAAAUCUGUGUAAAUUAUUCUGGUUUUGAUGUAUUAAGAUAUUUAAUAUUGUGUGUGCGCGUACGUGUGUGUGUGCGCGUACGUGUGUGUGUGUGCGUACGUGUGUGCGCGCGUACGUGUGUGUGCG